UUAAAUUCUAUGCUAUAACCAAAUAAUGUCGAAAUAAUCAUAAUAUUUUGAAUUUGUUCUACCUCAAAACAUUUCGAGUGUUAUUUAAAAUGAUUAAUCUAAUAUUGUUGAACUCUGAAUUGUUCAUUUUUGAUGUUGAAGAUUGGUUGACUCUCCGAAAGGAACAUAGGAUAAUUGGAGAUUUCGUAGGAAGUUUAAACUCGAUACCAGUAUUACCAUUAAAGCUUAUGCCUGAAGAAGUUACCCUUUUGCUGGCCAAAGAAAUUGGUAAAGUUGUGAAUUUUAUUCAGUCAAACGAUACGACUGAAAACUUCGAAUCGAAUUUAUUGGAAGAACAGCGACUUGUAUAUAAAAAUAAUCGUAAAAGGCAAUUGGAGGAAAUGUUUACCGAUAUUAUAGCCUCCAAGAGAAAAAAAGGUGAUACCAGAGAAGAAUCAGAAAUAUUCAAUGAAGAAUUGAAUAAAUCUUCUCAAAUACCAAAAGAUAAAAUGAUAUGGCCUAUAACCCUAACUUCUUUGAGUUCAGUUACAGAAAAUGUAGACUAUGUUGCAUGUCAAAAAAUAAACCUACAAAGAUAUUCUGUCUUUAAAGAUCUAUGGGAAAAAGGAUAUUAUAUCACUUCUGGUGAAAAAUUUGGUGGUGAUUUUUUGGUGUACUUAGGUGACCCUAUUACUCAUCAUGCAAUUUUUAUUGUAAGAUGCGUAGAUGCAACCACAAAAAUGACUCCCUAUGAUAUCAUAGCAUUUGGAAGACUAGCAACUUCUGUUAAGAAAAGAGUUGUUUUAGCAUCCUUAAUUGACGAUAUAGUUUCUUACAUCACAGUCAAUUGGAUAGAUGACUGAGAAUAUAAUACCUAUUUGGCUUUAGAACAACUGUUGUUAUUUCAAGGUAGAAUUAUCUGUAAAAAAACAAGGAUAAAAUAUUUUUGAAUAUUUAAUGUAAUAAAUUAAUAAAAUUUUUAUAAAA